GUUUUUUAAGCGUCCGCUGGCUAUGCCAAAUUCUGGAAUGAUAAGGUCCUGAUCAUUUUAGUUCCAAGAGUCUUGCUUUACAAGCCCAGAAAAAGAUUUUGAGCAAGAUGGCUAGCAAGACAAUGGCCAACAUGCUGAUUGACGACACCAGUAGCGAGAUCUUUGAUGAGUUAUACAAAGUGACCAUCGAGCACAUGAAAAACAAGAAAGAAGCACACAAAAUUAUGAAAGACUUGAUCAAAGUCGCCAUCAAGAUCGGGAUUCUCUACCGAAACAACCAGUUCAAUGCGGACGAGCUGGAGAUUGUUGAGAAGUUCCGCAAGAAGCUGAAUCAAGCAGCCAUGACUGUGGUCAGUUUUUACGAGGUGGAGUACACGUUUGAUAAGAAUGUUCUUUCAGGACUCUUGAAUGAGUGCAAAGACCUCGUGCAUGAACUCGUAGAGCGACACCUAACAGCCAGGUCUCAUGCCCGGAUCAAUCACGUCUUUGAUCACUUUGCAGCUGUUGACUUCCUAACUGCUCUCUAUAGCCUUGAUGGGGAAUGUCGUCCACACCUCAAAAAGAUCUGCGAUGGAAUCAACAAACUACUUGAUGAGAAAGUCCUCUGAAACUUGACUUUAGAAAAUUUUUUAAAAACAGAUCGAUCAAGAGAUGCAAACCGAGUUGGGAAAGGAAUACAAGAGCCUGCUUCUUUUAUAUAACCCCUGGAGAAAAUAUCUUGGUAACAAAAUACCUUUAUUCUGGAACAUUUGCCAUCAGUUUGCAAUGAAAAGCCAUCAGAAGUGAGAUGUACUUCAGCCAGCAAAUAAAACUGAACAUUUUAGUACAGAGAAGAGUUUACAGUGCUAAAGAAAUUACACAUAUUAUUGUAGUUGGAAUUUAGCAGUGCAAAAAUAAACCUGAAGAUCCAUUUCAAAGAGCAAAUAAAACUGCCUACAUUUUCAUUGUAGAAGAAAACUAUGAGGUGAAAGAGUGAGCUCUCAACUUUGUUUUAAACGAAAAAUCUUCUGGUUUAUACAUAAUCCAAACUGAAGACAAAAAUG